AUGGGACCUUAUUUAUCCACCCCAAAGACUGAAAAGCGCACCCUCACAGGAGAAAGCCCGCGCAUGAGAUUCGCUACAUCAGAUAUGCAAGGGUGGAGAGUAACAAUGGAAGAUGCUAGGAUUGCUAAAUUGGAUUUGGACGCUAACACUGCAUUUUUUGGUGUUUAUGAUGGGCAUGGUGGCCCAGAAGUGGCAGAAUUUGUAACGCGUCACCUCCCCCAAGAGCUUGCACAGAGUCAAGCCUAUCGUGAAGGCAGACUAGACGAUGCGCUUAGACAAUCGUACUUACGUAUGGAUGAGCUUCAACAAACCCCAGACGGGAUCCGAGAACUAAUUAGGAUUUCCAGAGACUUGCCUGAAACAGCUGCCGUCAAUGUGAACGAUAAUACAGUCCAAGCAGGCUGCACUGCAGUUUCUGCCUUAAUCAGAGGCAACGAAAUAUAUGUAGCCAACGCUGGCGACUCUCGCUGUGUCCUCAGCAGAGGAGGCUUAGCUGUAGAACUUUCAAUGGACCAUAAGCCAGACCUUCCUGAAGAGCUAGAAAGAAUCAGAAGGGCUGGAGGAACUGUUGAAGAAGGAAGAGUUAUGGGAAAUCUUAAUUUAAGCAGGUCAAUUGGAGACUUGGAAUAUAAGAAAAAUAAUAGCAUCCCUCAAAGGGACCAGAUGAUUACAGCUUUUCCAGAUAUCAGAAGAGAAACUUUGCAGCCAAAUGACGAAUUUAUUAUUUUAGCUUGUGAUGGGGUGUGGGAUAUGCUGACUAGCCAGCAAUGUGUGGAUUUGGGUCCCAUCUUUUUUCUUAUCCGCGAGCAUAGGUCCUACAUUUUUGGGAAAAUUAGCCAUAUCCAUGAGCAAAAAAAAGAUUUAUAAAUAAGCGAUAGCUAUAAUCAAAUUUUGAGCUAAUUCUAUUGAAUCUCAAAUAGCUUGCAUUCUAAUACAUAAUAUUAUAUAUUAUUUUACAUUCAAAUUUUGCAAGUUUUUGAUAUAUCGAGAAAUUAAAUUAAGCUGUUCAAAAUAUUAACAAUUUUCUUAAUUAUAAUAAGAGGAGUUAGUGACAUCUGGUAGAAUUUUUUCGAAAAAUAUUUUUUUUUGCAGUAUCAAGAGAAAAAAUCCACACAAUAGCCGAGAAAAUAUCUGCCAAGUAUUUUUUUUAAAGAAAAAACCUACUACAAUGGAUUUUGUAAGACAAAGAAUCGGGGUGAAAAGCCUUUCAGUGAUUGUAGAGGAAAUGCUUGACAGAUGUUUGUCACCUGAAAUAGGGGCCAACGCAGGGCUUGGUUGUGAUAACAUGACAGCGAUUAUCGUUCAAUUUAAGCAUCCUCUGAAUUAG